AUGCGGGUGCCAGCAGCACCCUUACUGCUGCUCUCUAAUGCUGCAGCAGCAACAGCUAUCCCAUACGAAGAAUAUAUUCUCGCUCCGAAAUCGCGGGUCCUGCACCCGGUCUCUGUGCACAGCAGCAAUGGCUCUGUGACGGAUCCGGCCAGUCUGACAACCGCACAUGCGAACGGCAGUGGUGGUAGUAGUAGUAGUAGUAGUGGGAGUUCGAUAUUCACGGGCGCGGCGGCAACAGCGUACGAUUUCGGCAUCAACAUUGCUGGUCCCGUGAGUCUAGCCAUUGGCUCCGUGUCGUCGCCAGAUACAUAUGUCGGCGUCACCUUCACCGAAAGCUCGCUGUGGAUCAGCAACAAGAGCAGCGACGCGACAGCCGAUGCGGGCCUCGACGAGACGCUAUACAUGACGCUCGUGCACAACGGGACGGGCAGCGUCGAGGUGGCGGAAGCGAGCGUCGAGUACACGGCCAUGCCGCAUUGGAGCGGCGACGCGCUGCGCAAUUAUACGGGGUACUUUCACUGCGAUGAUGAGCUGCUGAAUCGCAUUUGGUACGCAGGCGCAUAUACAAAUCAGUUGUGUACGACUUCGCCCGACACGGGGAAUGCGCUGGUAGAGCUCCUCGACCUGAAUAAUAGCGUUUCGGGCGGACCGAAUGAUGUGCCGCCGACGACGUGGUAUUACGACUAUACGGUUACAAAGGGGAGCAGUACGCUCGUUGAUGGGGCCAAGAGAGAUAGGUUGGUGUGGGCCGGAGAUAUGGCGAUUGCCGUGCCGGCGAUUGUUGUUUCGACCAACGACGUCGUAUCGGUUGAGAAUGCGCUCAACUCGCUGUUCGCGGUGCAAAACAAGACGACUGGCGUGCUGCCGUAUGCUGGCCGGCCGUUCUUCACCAUCCUUUCGUUUACAUACCAUCUGUACACUCUGAUUGGUGUUGCAGAUCAUUAUCUUUAUACGGGCGACUUGUCUUACCUUCGUUCCCUGUGGGACCAGUACAAACUCGCUCUGAGCUUUUCGAUCAAUAGCAUUGAUUCGAGCGGUCUCAUGAACGUCACUUCGGGGGCCGAUUGGCUCCGCUUUGGCAUGGGUGGACACAACAUCGAAGCCAAUGCAAUCCUGUACUAUACGAUCAACCAAGCCAUCUACCUUGCCGGUGCGCUGAAUGACACGGCCAACGUGCCCAGCUGGCGCGAGACAGCUGAACGCGUCAAGACAGCGGCCAAUGAGCUGCUCUGGGUCGAAGCCGAGGGCAUGUACAGAGACAAUGAGACGACGACGCUAAUGCCGCAGGACGGAAACUCGUGGGCUGUCGUGGCCAACCUCACUAUCAACGCAACCCAAGUCUCUCAGAUUAGCAACCGUUUGGCCGGGCGAUGGACACGGUACGGUGCGCCUGCGCCCGAGGCCGGAAGCACUGUUUCGCCCUUUAUCUCUGGCUUCGAACUGCAAACACACUUUCUCGCGGGCAAUACGUCAGCAGCGCAGGCCCUCAUGCGCUUGCAAUGGGGUUUCAUGCUUGAUGACCCCCGCAUGACGAACUCGACCUUUAUCGAGGGCUAUAGCACCACGGGCGAGCUGAUCUAUGCGCCAUACAAAAACAGCCCACGUAUCAGUCACGCCCAUGGCUGGGCAACGGGCCCAACGUUGUCGCUGACGCAGUAUGUGGCGGGCAUCGAGCUACUUACAGCGGGCGGAGCUACUUGGCGAAUUGCUCCUUCGCUGGGAGACUUGACCGUUGCCGAUGCAGGGUUCAGCACAGCAUUGGGCUUCUUUGGCGCCAGAACGCAGGUUGCCAAUGGUAGCGUGGUGCUAGAGUUUGAGACCCCUGAAGGGACAACGGGUUCAGUGCAUGUGCCGGUGCUCAGUUGCAACGGCAGGCUCGCCAUGAGCGGGGGACAAGGAUCGGGCUGUGAGUGUGCUCAAGACGUUUUGGCAGGACAAGAGAGCGUUGCUGUGGAGAAUGUGGCGGGUGGGCGGUGGAAGGCUACUUUCCAGUGCCGGGAGUAG